AUGUACGCUGUUGAAAAGAAAUUUGAAAUAGAAAUGAAAUUAAAACGAGAAAUGACGAAUAUCCAGGAACUAAAGGCGGCUGCGAAUAGAAGCUCUUCGCUCGCUAGCGAUGUCUGUAAUGUUCUGGGCGCGUGUGAGCAGCGCCUGCAACAACUGGAGACUGCUGUUUUACCACUGUAUGGAGACACAGCUAGACUGCAACAAAUACACCAUAAUAUGGAGAGCACAGUGACAGCUUUGGACCAUGUUAUAAACUACUACAUGGUGUCCCGAGAACUCGCUGACCUCAUUCAGGCCGGACCUCACACCGGGACUACAGAGGCAUUGAAUAUAUAUUUAGAGGCUCUUGAUAAAUUGGCCGAAGCUCAGAACUACUUCAAUAAAAAUAACCCGCAAAGUGUUGAAUUGGAAAAUAUUAACCAGCUAUAUAAUACAGGAGUGAUAAAAUUGGAAGGUGCUUUUGAGGAACUUCUUAGUCGUAACACUCGGCCACUAUCUCCUACUACACUUAUGGAUAUGAUUGCAUUAGAAGAGGAUUCCAGUGUGGAUAGUGUGAGUGUAAGUGGUAGUGACUCCACCAACCCGGCAGUAGAGAGUAUGCGUAGUGCUGCGGCCUGGCUGAGUGCUGCGGGGCGCGCGCCCUCCGGAGCCCUGCUGGCGGUUAGGGCUCCGGCCGCGCUAAACUCACUCAUAGCGUUCAAGGAUUACUUGAGGAGCAGGUCUAUGGGGGCUUCUCCGCUUAUGAAAUCCAAGAACAUGUUGCAUCGAACAGAUAGCACACAACGGAGAACAAGUAAAAUACAGAAAGUGUUGGAAAAACGUGCUAUUAAUAUAAUGAUGAAGGCCUCACAGACCUUGGAGCAGUCUACGGGCCUGGCCAUCGGGCCUAGGAGGUCUAUCAAUGACUCCUUUUCAGAUGAGUGUAUGGAUGCGAUGGACGAGCGAGAGGCGGAGGCGGCGGGCUCUCUGUGCGCGGCGUUGGUGCGUGUCGCGCGGAGAGAACAGCGGGCGGCGCUAGGACUAGUACCGCUCUCUAGAUUACCCGCGCUACUCACGGCCAUACUGAGAGACUGUUAUAACCUACUAGCGUCGGAGGUAGAACGCGUGUGUACUCGUUGUCGUAAGGCCGCCUCCCGCUGUAGCGCCGGCGCGGCCGCGUGCUGGUCGUUAGCGGCGCGCCUACAGCGGCUGCAGCCCGAUAUGACGCGCGCCCUGCACCCCGCCCCGCCCGCGCCAUACACAGCUAUACUCAACUCCUGUCUGCAUCAUUGCGUCCGGUCCCUGGAGGAGUGGGUGGAGGGCGUCCGAUGUGACGGCGCGGCGGGCGCGGUGGACGGGACCGUGCACCAGCUGGCGGCCGCCGCGCUCACAUACUGCCACGCGCUGGCGGCUCAUGUUAACGUUAUAGGUCCGGCGCUCUCCACGGAGGCGAGCUACGUCCGCGCGGCUCACGGUUUAGUCGCCAGCGACAGGAACGCUCUCAUGCUAUCACUAUACAUGCGUAAGGUCCUAGCUCAACUGAAUCUGUCUCUCCGUACUAAGAGCGAGCAGUACGGCUCGGAGUCGUUGAAAGCGAUCUUCCUCCUGAACAACACACUGUACGUGAUGCAGGGCCUGGCCCGCGGCGGCUUGCUUGACGCGCUGGCUGUAGCCGAACCGCGCGCUGAGGCCGGGUAUAGAGACAUUGUGCAGGACUACAAGCAGGCCUACCUCAAUAGCUGGAACAAGCUGCUGUCCUAUCUGGUACUAGACGAGCCGCUGCCGGCCAAGCUUCGCGACAAGGACCGGCAGCAGCUCAAAGACAAGCUGUCAUCCUUCAACCGUGAGUGGGAGGAGGCGACGCGCGCCCAGCGGGGGUACAGCGUGCCGGACCCCGAGCUGAGAGAGGCGCUCAAGAGAGACAACAAGCAGACGCUGCUGCCGCCCUACACCGCGCUGUGGGACCGGCUGGCCGGGGUCAGCUUCACGAGGCACCCCGACAAGUACCUCAAGUACACGCCGCUACAGAUUGCCGCUCAACUUGAUGGGUACUUCGAUGAAGCUGCUUAG